UUAUUUUCAAAAUUACGAAACAAAGAUGGACUAAAGAACAAAAGCGUUAUAUCGUCUAACGAUAACAAUGUCCUGAUAUACUUCCUUGAAUAACUUGUUUUUCCCUGAUAAUUCAGUCAUUAUUUUAUAGUGCGUGAAUAGACAGUUAAAAUUUCAAAAAAUAUUAUUGGGAGUGUUAAAUGAAAAGUGUGCUAUGGAAAGUGUUUGCCACAUAAGAUGUGUUAUCUCAGACACCGACUCAUUUCCAUGAGAUUUUAAAAAAUGCCUCCAAAGAAAGACGAAAAGAAGGAGAAUCCCGAGCCUGAUAGUUUCGAAUCUGCCAUAGAAGCAGGUUGGAACUUCAUAGAAGAAGGAGCAGUUUCGGUUGCCUCGAUGUUUGAAUCAGGAAUUGAUAAUAUGAUUUCUUUUAUUCGUAAUGAAUGCAUUUUGAUGGAGAGAGCAAAGCAAAUAGUUGAGGAAAUUGGUGCACUGGGUUCAGAUAUAGGCAACUUUAUUUAUGAAGAGCCGAAUCUUAACGGUUUGAUCACUUUGCUCUUAUGGGUUGUAUUUUGUUACGUUUUCGAAGUGUGGAUGUUACCUCUACUAAUUCCUUUUAUAUUCUUAAGGCAAUACCUUCGUAUAACUCUCAGAAAAAUCAAAUUCGAUGAUGAAGAACAAUAUCCUGAAAAAAAGGUUGAAGGUAAAUCUAUAACAGAAAUGCUGAAAGAACUUUGUGAUCUAUCUGAUGAUAUUGAUAAAGGAAUAAUGAUCGUUUCUUCUUUUAUAAGGAUAACUAAACGAACCUUCCAAUUCAAAGAGCCUGAAAUAUUGUAUGUUGUCCUACUGAUCUCAAUGUUGGUUGCUGUCAUCUUGUAUUAUAUUAAUUUAAGAUAUUUCAUCAUCAUUGGCAGUGUCUAUUUAUUCGUCCACAAUUACUUAAAAGUCCAUGGUUACUUAAAGAGUAGAGUGGAAUUGCUAGCGGAAAGAAUGGCUAAUGAUUUGAGAAAUCAACAAAAAUCUGAUUGAUGUAAAAAAUUCUAUGAACUUUUCGUGAUUUUUACCUAUUCGAAGAUAAAAUAAAGAAAAUAUAUUUCUUAACGAUUUUCAUUGUGAUUUUCACUCUAUUCCAAACUGUCAGUUUACUUCAACAUUCAGAAAUAAUUCUGUAAAACGAUUAAAACGACUAUCCUUAAAUGAGUUCAAGGUAAUUUUAUAUGUCAAAAUUUUGGAAGUUAUUCAUUUGAAAUAUUUAAUUAUCGAAAAUUUUCAAUGAAUGUGAAGAUCAAAUUCCUUAACCUUCCCAACUAAAAUGUGGUUUUCCUACCUGCCUUAUUUUGCCACUGAAAUUGAGAUAACAUAACUUCCUUCAGAAAAUAUUAAUCAAAAUAGGGUCACAACAUAUUUUCGUGCAUUCGAGAGUAUAAGGUUCAGGACUACAAAACGCAAGAAUGAAAUUUUUGAAAGCUGGAAGUGAAGAAUUGAUUAAGGUUGCAGAAAAAGGAGCCGAAUGUGUUGAACAAGGAGUAGAUGCUGUUGGAGAUGGUGUUAAAGCUGUUGGAGAUGGAGUUAAAGCUGUUGGAGAUGGUGUGAAAGCUGUAGGAGAAGCUACAAUCAAUUGUGUGACUUUAUUAGACGAUGGCGUGGAGAAUAUUCUAAAAUUGAAACGUAUAUGUCAAACAAUUUUCGAAUGGGUUACAACUUUCAAGAGUUAUCUGGAGAGCGACAAUGUAAUUGAAAGUACAACUACCCUAGCAGUUUGGUUCUUACUAUGUUACUAUUUCCAAAUGUGGAUGAUACCAGCCAUUAUAAUAAUUAUUUAUGCUAAAAAAUUGUUUUGCUUUUAUGUAUUUGGAGCUCCAGUUCAGGAAGACUCUACUUCAAAUAAAUCGACAAAGAACAAAGUGGAAGCAAUUGACGAAAUAAUUAGUUUAGUGAGAGUGACCUUAUGCAAUCUUGAGUGGAUUCUUCAGUAUACCUUUCUAGUCAUCGAUUUCAACCCAAUUUCAUGGUCAGUGAUAUUUACACAAAUAAGUAUUGCACUUAUACUGAUGUUAAUCCCGUUUAAUAUUAUAUUGAUGCUUCUGGGUUUGGCCCUAUAUUUGAGGAACACCCUGCAAGAAUUGCUGCCAAAAAAAUGUGCCUGAAAUGAUGAUAAAAGUGGAGAACUUCAUGAUGUAAAUAAAGUUAUCACAGGUUUUUCAACAAAUUUUAUACUAGUCACUAGUUCGCCGUCGAUAUUUCAUCAAUAUUGAUUGAUAAAAUAAAAAAAUAUAUUUCGAAUGAUAUUA